AUGGUCGAGCACUACAGUCAGUGAGGUUCACGGCGCUGGUGGGAUAUUAUUGACUAUCGAAGACUAUCGGAAAUAUCUGUUUAUAUUCACCUGACGACAGGACGCCAUGGAAUUGCUCGCGCGCGGACAAAUAGGUUUUUACUUGCCGAACGAAUUAUAAGAAAAGCAAAUAAUGCGCUUUAGGACUAUUUAAAGGUCUGAUUAGUUGUUGUUGUUAUUUGUUAUUGUCACGUAUGUCUCCCUAAUUCGCAGGAAGUAAGUGGAAUGCAAUUAUAAUUAUUGGCUCGAGACGAUCCGUGCAUUUGGUAUGUCAUGAAUGAACUUUAUUAGGUUGAUUAGAAUGACGUCAAAUCAAAGAUUGACGCUCGUUCCUGAAAUCAAAGAGCGGUCCUAGUACGUAGGCUGCUGGUCGCAUACUGAAACCUCGUCACGCACGGAAAAAAAAAAAGACCGACGUGCUUCAUCUAUCUUUAAUUUUAUUUAUUUUUUUGCUGUGGAGGAACUUUCUCGCUUAUUCCGAUGAUUCGAGAUCUGAGCAAGAUGUACCCCCCGGCACGGCACCCGAUCCCCCACCAGCCUGGGCAGCCAUUCAAGUUCACCAUAACAGAGUCCUGCGAUCGCAUCAAAGACGAGUUCCAGUUCCUCCAAGCUCAGUAUCACAGUCUGAAAUUGGAGUGUGAGAAACUGGCCACGGAUAAGACAGAGAUGCAAAGGCACUACGUCAUGUAUUACGAGAUGUCCUACGGACUCAACAUCGAGAUGCACAAGCAGGCGGAGAUCGUCAAGAGGCUGAAUGCCAUCUGCGCUCAGGUCAUCCCGUUCCUCUCUCAGGAGCACCAGCAGCAGGUGGUCCAGGCUGUGGAGAGGGCCAAGCAGGUCACCAUGGCUGAGCUCAACGCCAUCAUUGGAGUGGGUAUUUUUACACGUACAUCACACCAACAGCUCCAGGCCCAGCAGCUGUCCCACAGCCAUGCUCUGCCCGUCCCACUCACGCCUCAUCCCGCAGGCCUCCCGCCGGGCCUGGGCCCCGGCGCGGGCCCCGCCAGCCUCCUGGCCCUCACCUCCGCCCUGGGUCACCAACUGCCCCUGAAGGACGAGAGGAAGCACCUGGACAGCAGCGCAGAGCACCAGAAAGAUAGAGACUCAGUCAAGAGCUCGUCGGUGUCUCCGUCUGCCAGUUUCCGCACGGGGGAGAAACACCGGAGCGCCAGCGACUAUUCCUCCGACAGCAAGAAGCAGAAGACGGACGACAAGGACCUGCCCUCGUCACGCUACGACAGCGACGGCGAAAAGAGUGACGACAACUUGGUCGUGGACGUCUCCAACGAGGACCCGGCCUCCCCCAGAGCCAGCCCCGCCCCCUCCCCUCGGGAGAACGGAUUGGACAAGAGCCGCCUGUUGAAGAAGGACCCGCCCCUCAGCCCGUCCUCGCUGGCCUCGUCCAGUAGCACGCCUUCCUCCAAGUCCAAAGAGCCAAUCAGCCUGAACGAGAAGUCCAGCACGCCGGCGUCCAAGUCCAGCACCCCCACGCCCCGGUCGGACGCCCCCACCCCCAGCACCGCCUCCACCCCGGGCCUGAGGCUGCCCCCCGGGAAACCCCCGGGCAUCGAGACCCUCAUCCCCGGCCUGCGGACCCCGCUGGCGCUGCCCUGCCCCUACCCGGGCCCCUUCGGCAUGGUGCCCCACCCGGGGCUGAACGGGGAGCUGGGCAGUCCGGGGGCCGCCUACGCCGGCCUGCCCACCAUCUCGCCCCAGAUGAGCGCCGUGGCGGCGGCGGCCGUUGCGGCCUACGGACGCACACAAGUGGUGGGAUUUGAUCCUCAUCACCAUAUCCGUGUCCCGGGUCUCCCUCCCAACCUGUCUGGCAUUCCGGGCGGAAAACCAGCCUACUCGUUCCACGUGAGCGCCGACGGCCAGAUGCAGCCGGUGCCGUUCCCCCCGGACGCGCUGAUCGGCCCCGGGAUCCCCCGCCACGCGCGGCAGAUCAACACGCUGAACCACGGCGACGUGGUCUGCGCCGUGACCAUCAGCAACCCCACGCGCCACGUCUACACCGGGGGCAAGGGCUGCGUCAAGGUGUGGGACGUCAGCCAGCCGGGCAACAAGACCCCCGUGUCCCAGCUAGACUGCCUGAACAGAGACAAUUACAUCCGCUCCUGCCGGCUACUUCCUGACGGGCGAACGCUGAUCGUCGGGGGCGAGGCCAGCACCCUGUCAAUCUGGGACCUGGCCACGCCUACUCCCAGGAUCAAGGCGGAGCUAACGUCGUCGGCGCCCGCGUGCUACGCCCUGGCCAUCAGCCCCGACUCCAAGGUCUGCUUCUCCUGCUGCUCUGACGGCAACAUCGCCGUCUGGGACCUCCACAACCAGAUCCUGGUUAGGCAGUUCCAGGGCCACACAGACGGGGCCAGCUGUAUCGACAUCUCCAACGACGGCACCAAGCUGUGGACCGGGGGCCUGGACAACACGGUCCGGUCCUGGGACCUGAGGGAGGGCCGGCAGCUCCAGCAGCACGACUUCACCUCACAGAUCUUCUCUCUGGGCUACUGUCCCACGGGGGAGUGGCUGGCGGUGGGCAUGGAGAACAGCAACGUGGAGGUCCUCCACGUCACCAAGCCUGACAAGUACCAGCUGCACCUCCACGAGAGCUGCGUGCUCUCCCUUCGCUUCGCCCACUGCGGGAAAUGGUUUGUUAGCACAGGAAAGGACAACCUGCUGAACGCCUGGAGAACCCCAUACGGAGCCAGCAUAUUCCAGUCGAAGGAGUCGUCGUCCGUGCUGAGUUGUGACAUCUCUGCAGACGAUAAGUACAUAGUGACGGGGUCCGGGGACAAGAAAGCCACGGUGUACGAAGUCAUCUACUAGGACUGGCCUGGGAUCACCGUCUCUUAUGUAUAUUUCUUAUUUUGUAUAAAAACAAAACAAAAAAAUGAUUUGUACGCAAAACACCAAACCGUUUGACUAUCGUCGUCGACCGUGACCCCUUGACCUCUCGACUGAACAGCCAGGGCCGAUCACUUGGAAUAUUUUGUAUGUUUUUUUGAUUUUUGUUGUGAUGAAGAUGAGUGAGUCCGUCUGGACAGGAAACCGAGGAGCAAGGUGAACGACCUGGAGAGCCAUGGCUGGCUUGUGUUCCUUGAGAAAAAAAGCUACCUACUGUAUGUACAUUUGCGAAUUAUUGAUCUCUUUGUGUGAUUUGUGACAUCAGACUUUUUUCAGUAUUGGGGCCAAGGUUGCUUUUUGAAAUUCUUUUUUUUUCCUUCUUGCCUUUGCAUAAUACCUCACAGUGUUGGUCAACAGCUUUCUCAUAUUUGGUGGCGUUUAAUUUAAUUGAUUCAAGUGUAUAUUUAUCUAUUUAACACACUGGAAGAACAUCAUAUUGAAAACAACUGUGGAUAAUAAUUUCUCUAAUUUGGUGAAAUCUGCUUUUUUUGCAAUUUGACACAAAACAAUGUUUAAGACUUAAAAGUAAAGGAAAAUACCACGCAGAGCAAAUAAUGGUCUGAUAUAUUUCUGUUGAGAGCUCUCCUACUGUAAACCUUUUCUCAUUCAUCGUAAAGUGUUAAGUUUUGUUAUGUUUUUGCUGCUUUUUAAAAUGAUUUCAUGCAUGCAUGGUUUGCGUGACCUUGCCUGUGUAUUUGUGUGUGCGUUCGUGUGAGUGUGUGUGUUUGUGUGUCAGGUGUGCGUGUGUGUGUGCAUCCAUGUGUGUGUGUUUCAUGUGUGUGUGUGUGUGUCGUGUGCGUGUGUGUGUGUGUUUGUAUGCGUGCGUGUGUGUACUGAAUGAACUGAUGGAAGACCUCUUGUGCCCACUCAGCCCCUUCUCAUCAGACAGCAAGUCCCAGCUGUAUUUUCUAUACAAUUUGAACACGUCAGGUUUAUUUUCUAAGCUUUCCAUCACAUCAGACGAAGAUUCAAAGGGGCAUCCCAGGCCCAGCCCCCCCCCCCCCCCCCUCCCCCCAUACCAAAAGCCUAAAAACCCUCGUAAGUACACAGAGGCGGGACAAGUGUUGAGUGACAGUUGAUCGACUUGACCUCACCCCAUUUACUCUACCCUAACGAAAGUGCUGGGCUCAUCUUAAACGCUAACGACCUGAGUUGUGCUGGUUGGACGUCCAGAAUCUCGACGUGGCAUCACAGCACAGUGCCUUUCUGCCACUACGCUCCUCAGCAGGUCCUGUGUGGCUCUGAGCUCAUCUAGUUCUCAUGGUUUUCAGCCUCACACAGGCUCCGUCGGAGGAAUCGACUAUUUGAAGUGGAGGCAGUUCCUCCCGGCAAAGAUAGCUGUCACCGCUCACUUUGUCUUCUGAUCACACAAAGCUCUGUGAGUGUUUACAGCCAGAGGCUUUUGAUUUGUAUUGCUUUGUUUUUUUUUUAAAUAAGCCUGCUAAACAAAGGAGAGCACCGCGGGAGACAUGUUCACAGAGCUACUGGUGCUGAUGUGACAGGCACACAUGGCCAUGUGGUUUUAUUCUUAAAAAUAAAUGUUGUCAGAACUCAAAGCAUGUGUUCCUGGGUUACUGAACGAACACCUGUGUGGGACGUUCUUCGUAGAUUGUUAUUUUAGACUUUAUUAAGACGGCUGGGUCUUAAGAAAACGGUCUUUAUGAAAAACGUCACCCAUAUACAAUAGAGGUUUUAAAUGACUUUCUUCGGGAGUUGCAAGGUUGUUUUAAUAUUCUUAAAAAACCGUAUGUUUUCCUUCAAACAGCAUCAACCGACAGCUGAAGCCAUUAUCCCUAAAGCGCCAUAGUGGUGGUUAUGUUUAACCUGCUGUUCUGCACAAAUGUUCAAAAGACUAAAUGAAGCCUUCUUACUCCGAGCUCGUUGUUUCACCUUACAUCUGGAGGGUAAACAUGGAAUCAUCUGGAGACUUCUCUUAUCAGACAUUGGACCGUAAUGCAUCCCCUCUCUGUUUUAGAUGCAUUUAAGGUCUACAUAAAUGGGCUCUGUGAAAGGAUUCAUUGUAGAGUGUUUUUUCUUUUUUUCUUUUUAAAUAAUCUAGGUACAGCAGGAAGUAUAAACUGGUCAUUUAUUUUUCUGAGUCUGUAGUAAAAAAGGUGCAACAAAGUAGGCCUACCUGGAUUGAAACUAAAAUGCUGAAUCAAACCUUAUAUUUUGGCUGUACUCUCCACACUUUACAAGAGAUGUGUAUUUAAAGCAAGGACUCCUUUCUCAUCUUGGUCGUUAAACACGGAGACAUCUUGACCUUGAUAUGAUCCAACAACUGUAAUGAGGUUGGUUUAUUCCACUGUGCUUUUUGAAGCAACUCAGAAACUACUAAGUGUGAUUCUUGGUCUAAGAUGAGUUGUUAAAAACCCAGUGUAUGCAUUACAGGAAAUCAACAUCAAUACACGUUUGAAUGGGAAAUCUAUCGAUAAAACGUUGGUUGUAAAUAAUCCAAGAAUCACAUUUGAUUGUGACAGUUUAGCUGGUUGACAUAAGCUAAUAUAAUGGAGAUUAUGUUACAGUAAUAAUGUGAAACGUUUUGUUUGACCGAAAUCAUGAUGGUAUGAGAUAAUGCUGUACAAAUGUAAUAAUUCAAGCUUACAAUGCAAAGAAAUUGUUUUUCUUCAAUACAAAAUGCCUUUGCUCUGUUUUUCUAGUCUGUGGUUGACUUUAUUAAAUUAUUGUGUGCAGUUAUAUUUGAUGCGUAAUUUAUUUUCUGUAAACGUCAUGUUUUUUUCAAACCAAUAAUACAUAAUUUCCUUGCUACAACCUGGAUUCAAAAAACAAACCAGGAGUAUAUUUUGUGAAUGAGUUCUAAAUAUAAAGAAAUUAUACGACAAA